GAAGAAUCGUAAAAGACAUCCACCAAAAAUCGCCGCUCCAGUCAGCAGUGCGUUGUUGGUACGUUGGUUGGAGCAGACACACAGAAAAAGCCAACAAGCACAUCUUGGUGGGUGCGCUUGUCUGAUUGACCUUGGGACACGAGCAGUGCAGACGGAACGAAAAGGGCCUCGCUGCUGCUGCUGCUGCUGCUGCUUUUGGUGCCACUGGUGUUGUUGCUGCUACAACUACGACUGCAAGCAUGCCAAAGCCAGUGAUUGGACCUGACCCAGAAGUCGUCGGCACAAAUGGCGAGGUCGACGGCAUGGUGAUGGCGCUCAUUGAGAGUGCGAGUGAUGCUGACAGCGAAGUCAGGAAGUCGUUCCACUCAGCGCUGAGGGAGCUCGGCAAGAAGCAGCCGACGCUCGUGCUGACAUCGUGCGAGAAGUAUCUCCACGACCACAAGAAGCUUGAUCUGCAACACCGGAUCAUUCUGAUCCAGAUCAUGCGCGAUAUUGUGUAUGAUGUCAUGGACCACCUGCCCUCUGAGCUGGCCAAGCGCAUUGUCCGUCUCGCCGCCGACGAAAUGACGUUCAAGCAGGUGCUGCUAUUGUCGCUUGCGGUUGUGCCUGCGCUGCCUGAGUUUAUUGGCCGCUGCCUGCCCAUGCUCGGCAUGAUUCGCCACGACAACAUGCGCUGGGUCUUCUCCGUCGCGUUCUCCAAGUUCUGCGACGCGAUCCUGAACUACAAUGCGAACAAGGAGCAAGCCAAGGACAAGAGCAUCACCAUCGGCCGCUUCUCGGAGCCAAUGUACUCCGCCUUUGAAGUCCUUCACGACGUCUGGCUCAACACAAAGGAAAUCAGGCUGCGCAUGGCUGUGAUUGAGGCGCUGGGGCUGAUGACGCACAUCCUGGGCCGCGAGAAGCUGCCCACCGUCCUGGAAAAGCUCAUUCCUUCAAUCAUCAACCACUUCAAGGGAAAAUUCACAAGCGACAUGCUCCCAAUCACACAGGGCCUGUGCACGGUGCUGGAUGCGUCGACGCGCGAUGGGGACACGCUGCUGGAGCCGCAACUCGACUUCAUCCUCACGCAUAUCCACCCGCUCCUCUCAUACGUCCCCAUGCCAUCAGACCACGCGCAAACGCGCAACUUCAACGAGCUGCUCCGCUGCUUUGAGAAGCUCUGCAUCCCAUUCUCCGAGCGCCUGAUGGCGUUUCUGUUCCUGAAGUUGGAGGUGCGGGAGGAGCGACCGCGCAUCGGCACCCUCCUCUGCCUGCGCCACCUCAUCAACUCAUCAGGUGAACAUCUGCAAAACAAGAAGGAGCUCAUUGUCACGGGUCUGAAGCCCCUUCUUGAAGAAACGAACCUCAAGGUCAAGUCGACGCUUGCGACGCUGAUUGUUGCGAUGGCGCACCACGACUACCUGCACCUCGAGGGUGGCGAGGCGCUCCUCAGAUUCAUCGUCGACCAGUCCGCCAUCCCAGAGCACGUGGUGCAGGCUGCCGCUGCUGCCCCGAAGGACAAGCGCAAGAAGCCGCCACCAGAAGACGAAGUCACGCCCUUGCAGCUCCGCACCAUGUGCGACAACAUCAUCCUCAUGUCGUCAAGGACCAUCCCCUGCAUGGAGCUGGUACCUGUGAUUGGCCAGCCGCUGCACCGCCGGCGCGGGAUUGAGGCGCUCAAGAUGCUCCAGUCCCUCUCCAUCAACUUCCACGAAAACAUCGAGGAGCUGUGGGAUGCGAUCAUCCCGAAGCUCGUGCAGUAUCUUGAGGAGAACUCGUGCGAUGCGCAUGUGUGGGCGGAGAAGCACCAGUCCAGCUGGGAGGAUCUCCUGCUCAAAUUCCUCAGCCGCACCCUCGACACCAUCGCAACAGAGGCCUGGACCAUCAAGCUGGGCGAGGCGCUGCAUGAGCAGUACACGUGCUGCCCGUCGGAGCCCGCGGUGAAGAGCCUCAUCUCAAGAUACAUUGGCGUCGUCCUCCGCAAGUCGACAAAGCACGAUUUCCUGGAGAAGAUGCUGGUUGCCAUGUUUGAGUCUGUGGACCAUGAGAGCCAGGACGAGCGGGAAGGGUGUGCAAAGGGCUUUGGGUUCUGCGCAUCGUCGCACCUGGACACGGUCAUUGAACAGCUCAAACGCAUCACAAAGCGCGAUAUGGUGCGCAAGCCAACGGGCUUCCUAGGCAUGCUCAAGGACAAGUCUGAGGCUGAGGUUGCUCGCAUCAAGGCCACCAUCAUGCUCACCUGGGGCUACGUCACCCUCUUUGCCCCGCCAAGUCUCAUCAACUCCCGCAUCGAGGUGCACGUGAUGUCGAACAUCCUGCCGCACUUUGAGCGCGUGCGAGAGACGCUUGUGAAGGAGAACCUUAUCCGCUGUGUGGAGCUGAUUGGCAAGGCGCUGCACCCGUCCCACCUCAAGGGCGAGAAGGUCUCGCUGCACCGCCGCAGCGAGCUCAUUGCGUUUAUGGAGGAGUACAUGAAGAUGGAGCCGCCGACCACCAUCACGACCGAGACGCGAGCGCUGUGCAUGGAUGCGUGUGCGACGUUGAUUGAGCUUGAGCCAACGCUCUCGGAAUCAGAUCUCCACCAGCUCCUCGAAGUCUCCGUCGCCUGCGUGUUUGACAUUGGUCUGCCGGCUGAAGGCGACACAACAACGCAAGCACUCAUUGACAAGGCUCGGAAGAGCCUGGGCGGUCUGUUUGCGGUUGUGAUUCGCAAGGAUCCAACAACGACGUGUCUGCAAAGUGUCUACAAGCACCUCUCGCCCUACAUCGUCUCCCUCAAAGACCACCAGCGGGAGCACAUGAUGGCGGCCAUCCACGAUGUGCUGGAUGUGAUGUUUCAGAUCUUGGACGAGCGUGCAGAUGCGCAGUCGUCCACAGAUCCAAACACAAAUACCGCCAUGGCAGGCUUCGGCAAGCUGCUUGCGGACUUCAUUCCGCGGUGUGCGGAUCCAAUGCUUCCUGUUCGUCAGCACGCCCUCGGCUCUAUCAAGACGCUGCUGCAUAUUCGCCGUGUGAUGGCGGGUGACAUGAAUGAGACGGACCCAAUCAUCAAUGCGAUUGACAAGCUGAUUCAGCGCGCAGAGAACGGCGACUCAAACCCGCUCUUCUCCGUUGUCAACGACCUGUCGAAGGUGCUGGCAAAGAAGAUUUCGAAAGAGGAGCUGCUGGAUCUGAUUUAUCCGCUGUUUGAAGGGCUCUUGGACGUGUUUACAGACGGCGGCGACGGCGCCUGUGUUGUCAUCAACGGCCUGUUCAAGCUUCGCGGCGGUGAUUUGGAAAACGAAGUCGACGCCAUCAUUGACGCCCUCUACGAGAAGCUGGAGGCCAUUACGCAAGAGCGGACGAAGACGGGUGUCCUUCGAGCCAUCCGCACGCUGGCUGUGCAUCACCUUGAUGCGGUCAUCAAGAAGCUGCUCUCGUUUGACCUCCCGUUUGCGGAGCUGGUGGUGGACAUGUGGCACACGCUCUCCGCCGACCAGAACCUUGCCCCACGCAUCCUCACAGAGCUUCUCAGCAUCCUCGACAACAGCUUGCCGUAUCACGACCAGGGAGGCAAAUUCACACACACCCUGCCACCAAUGAAGGCGACGCGUGCGCUGAAGGAGCUGUUCUUCGUGGAGGAGACAGCACAGCUUGCCGAGGACAAUUACAGCGACGUCCUUGCGCAACUGCUGCUUCGUCUUGCGUCAUGCGUGCGCCUGCAGCCCGAGGGUGACGUGAAUCCCAUGCAGGACGCCGUUGAUGCCUUCAAGCAGUUCCUCGAGCGCUCGGAGAGCGGGUUUGUUGCCGAUGCGCUGGAUGCAACGGGCGGCUGGGAUCAGUUCUUCAGCGAGAUGGACAACAACCUCGCCUUCACCACCGUCGUCGCACAGCUCUGCCAGCACAAGCCAGACAUGGUUCCGUUCCUUGUGGAGUUUUUCCAUGGCGUCAUGAAGCGCAAGUUCGACACGCAGCGUGUCCUGGCGGUGGCGUUGUACGCAGAGGUGAUCAACCAGCAGUGUGCAGGUGACCUCUCCCUCAUGGUUCGCCUUCGCAACGGUCUCCUUGCACAGAUCAUGGACGAAAGCCACAUUGUGCGCAUGUUGUGCAUGCGUGGCCUGGGCAACGUUGCAAGCCUCCCCGAUGAGCACAUCCGCAAGCACUCGACGGCGGUCUUGAGCGCGGUGAUGACGGGGAUGGACGACAGGAACGACCCCAACGAUGACAUCACCCUCGAAGCCAUGCGUACCCUCAACAAGAUCUUCGAAAAGGUUGAGGAAGACACCAUCCGGAACAUCCUCAUCAACAUUUCGCUGCGCAUCCGCCCCUGCUUUGAGAAGGACAAGCCAGCUGUCCGCGCUGCUGCCAUUGAGCUGUUUGGAAACCUCAGUCAGUUUGGUGAUGGCCCCAGCAAAGUCCCAUUCCUCGAACAGAUCCACUCCAACCUCGUCAGCUUCAUCCUCCACCUCGCUGAGGAUGACCCCGACGUGUGCGCAGCCGUCGCCCGCGCUCUUCUCAAACUCGGCCCUCUUCUGGAGUCCGACGAACUUACGUCGCUUUUUGAGAAGUGCCUUGGUGACGGCAAGAGCCUCCACUACGCCGAGUUCCUGGCUGAGCUCUCCCGUGUCCUGAUCAAGGACUUCCGCGACAAGGUCAGCUUCUACACCAUGAGCACCGCAGACUUUUUCAAGGCGUAUCGACAGGACAUUCGGUGCAACGCCGCCUUGUUCAUGGGGGAGCUGCUGCACAGCAUCCCUGCUGAUGACAGGCGCGACAUUACAAAGGAGCACGUCUGCGGCGAGCUUGUGCGACUCCUUAAGGACCCGGACACCAAAGUUCGCCAGCAGGCCGCAGAGAGCAUCAGCCUGCUCUAUGAUUACUGAGCCCAUAGUGGAGUGCGUGUGCCGUCUCUUUGUCCUCUGCCUUAAUUUCACCCUGUGUGUGUGUGUGUGUGUGUUUGGUUUUGUUUGUUUUUUCUGCGAGCUUGGUCCCCUCUCGCUCUCUCUCUCUCUCUCUCUCUCUCUCUCUCUCUCCCUC